AUGAAGACUGUUGUUUCCAUUGAGAUUUCAGAUGUAAACAGAAACAUACUUAAGAGCUGGUGGGAGCAAACAAAUCAAACAGGGGAACUAAUAGACCUUUCUGAUGUACAAGAACUUAACGGUGACAAGCUUGAGCAGAUGAUUAACACAUUUGGUGGGUUUGAUCUGGUUAUUGGUGGAAGUCCAUGUAAUAAUCUUUCAGGUAGCAACCGCUAUAGUCGUGAUGGGCUGGAGGGCAUUAUCAUUUCUUUUGUUGGAAAAGAGGGCUCUAUGAUGUUCUUGGUUAAGAGGUUAAUCGGCUGCCCUCUCCUUGCAAGGCCAGGUCUUGCCACUGGCACCCUCUUAGGCUUUGCUGCCUUUUUUGGAGGGGAACUUUGUCCAGGGUCAGCUUUGAUUGGAACAACAUUUGGAGGUACCUCAGGGGGAGGUGGAGGCAGAACAUCAGUCGUAUCAGAUUCAGGGUCAAACCCCCCACGGGACUCCAUCUCCUCAGGGGGAGGUGGAGGCAAGACAGUAGAGUUAGAUUGAUUGUUUAUAUAUGUACAAUUUUUGAAAGUUGUAAAUUUUUUUG